AUGCAGAGAAUAGUUUCUCCAUUAUGUUAUACGGCAACCUUCUCCCCAGGUGCACCUGGUUUCCAGCCGAAUGCUUGGGGCUGUCAACAAACUCAUUCGGUCUACUCCACAGAAUCAAUUAACCACCUGAGGGACGAGAAGUACUGCCAAGCUUCCUACUACGAUGAGACUGCAAGAUCAUUUUCAGCCGCUGCUGCAGUAGCAGCAGUAGCAGCCGCUGCCUACAUCAGUUCUUCCAAUGCUGUCGCCUCUUCAAGCUACUUUCCUGAUACCAAGUCCCUCAAAUAUGAGUCCACGAUGGAGUGUGAAAAGGCAGUCACCAGCCUGCAAGAGGGUAAUAGCAUCUACAAGACCGGAUUUUCCGCUCCUAAUUCAGAACCCUGUGGCUGCACUGCAAAACCCAUGAGUCUUGUCACACCUACAUCAGUGCCACCGGCUCCCGAAGCACAUUCCAAUCCCGUUCAUUUUCUUUCUGGCUUGACAGACAUUGCAAAUGGCUCCAACAAUAACGGCUCCACAAAAUUUUCAAAUUUUGUAAAUGGUUCAAAAAAUCAUAGGUGUGGAGAAGGAGUUACUUCGCAAAAUCAAUCCUGUGUUUUGGUUUCCUCUAUCUCCGAUUCAGUCAAUUCAACUACAACAUCUUCUCGUAAGAGAGCUGAUAAGUCACCGGCCCACGUCAAAAAACCUCUAAAUGCCUUUAUGCUUUUCAUGAAGGAGAUGAGAGCCAAAGUUGUGGCUGAAUGCACUAUGAAGGAGUCAGCUGCAAUCAACCAGAUACUUGGCAGAAAAUGGCAUGCGCUACCACAUGAAGAGCAGGCAAAAUUCUACGAAAUGGCGAGAAAGGAAAAGGAGCUCCACCAACGCAUGUACCCUGGCUGGUCGGCGAGGGAUAAUUAUGCAUAUCAUGCAAAGCGACGGAAAAAUAGGUGCCGAUAUCGGGCGUACAAUAAUGCCGAGAAUCAUGGAGAUCAACAAAAGUUGAUGGAGAGCACAUCACCCAUCAGCAGCCAAGAACCUGCGUUGAAGGAGAAGGCGCUCAUUAAUCUGCCAAAUACAGGAUCCAUUGGACUUGGUGGAGUGUUGAAAGGCUCUGCAUUCUAUCGAAGUCCAUUUGCGAUUAGUCAUAUGCCUUAUGGUGUAAGAAAUACAGGAGAACAGUGGUGCAAUCCAGCUGAGGACAACAUGGCCUAUUUCACUUCCAUGGAUCGUUCUCAACAGCAGAAUUACAAGGAGCAGCAACAGCAGCAGGCGCAGCAGUCCUUCCUCCUGAAUAUCCAGCAGUCAGAGACAAAUUGUGGUGUAAAAGAAGAGUGCAAGGCACGUCUGCCUUGGUCCUUCUCCGAAUGUAUUGACCCUAUUCCUGCGGCUCACCAUUUCAACCCUUCAACUAGCUGGCUUCUCAACAGUAAUCAACAACCCUCCUCAACCUAUGACACCAUUUCACCAGCUUCCACAUCGCCAUGGACGCAGACCCAUCAACAACUUGAGGACCGCUUCCAACGUCAAAUUCCACAAUCGAACUGUACUAGUCAUCCAAAUCACUACUCAACGCCGCCUUACAACCCCAACGGAAACUUUGAUUACCGCUAUUCAGAGCUAAAUCCCACAUAUAUGCCAGCACAAAAGACAUCACCAGUGACGUUAGAAAGUGAUCAAUCUCUAAAGUCUGUCCUUUCUUAUGAUUCCACACCUUCAAAGCUAACUUUAUUUCAACCGGCGUAUGAGGAUCCCAAUUGUGGGGAUGGCACCUCUAGCACCACCGUCUAUGGCUUUUCUUCACCUUGA